AUGUCCCGCAAAGCGCUAAAGGGCGAAUAUAUUGAAACAGACACAGGUAACAAAGUCUCUCGUCGUUCCCAAAUCAUCGGCACAACGAACAUUAUCCUAGGCGGAAAAACAGUAAUCCAAGCUGAAGUUAUUAUCCGCGGUGAUUUGUUAAGGACAUUACCUCCUAGUACUUCUGGGGAGAAGGCGGGAAAUGCUGUUGCGGUUGCGAUUGGAAGAACAUUCUCAUACUUUCCGCUCAAGAUCGGUGAUCAUGUAUUCGUCGGUGCCGGCUCCAUAAUCGAAGCAGCAAUGCUAGGAAAUCAUGUUCAUAUCGGUGCGAAUGUGGUAGUGGGCAAAUUCGUCAUAGUAAAGGAUUUUGUGAAGAUUUUGGAGGGUACAGUGGUUCCGCCUGGCAUGGUCAUACCGAGUUUUAGUAUGGUUGGAGGUGUUCCGGGAAGGGUUGUGGGGGAGGUGACAGAGGGGGAAAUUGAGGGGAUGGAUUUGAGGGAGAUUUAUAGGGCGGUGAGGAAUUAA